UAACCGUGCGGGAUGCUGAAUUCGUAGAAGAGAUUCAGUCGUAUUGCCUGGGCUCUCUCUGUCGCACGGCUAACGCCCGGACGGAGUGUGCGAGGCUGCAUCCGCGUGCCGCAAGAGGAGCCGAUUUCCUCCCUCGGCGAGAGCUUUUCGUCGCGGCGAAAAGGAAAUCGAGGCACACACGGUGGGAUGGGUACGUCCGCGUGAAAGGGAUGCGCUACGUGAUUUUGCAGGGGUAGCCGGUGUUGCAGAGCUUACACAUCCGGAAGCGGACGAGAGUACGGUGCGAAGAGGAGAAUGGGAGUGUACGUGACAGGCGUAAUCGGCGUGAUCGUGUUCUACGUCGCGGUGCUGGCCGUUGGCGUAUGGGCCGCCGCGUUCAAGAGGAGGCAAGUCGCGCAGGGCCACUUCCAGGCUGACAUGAUGCUGGCAAACCGACGUCUCGGCCCGUUGCUCGGUGUCUUCACCCUUAUCGCGACAUGGGUUGGAGGAGCUUUCGUUAAUGGAACCGCCGAGGCCAUGUUUACGAGAGGUCUAGCUUGGUGUCAAGUACCCAUCGGAUACAGCCUUAGCCUGAUUUUCGGCGCCAUGCUUUUCGUACGUCCGAUGAGGAAGGCCGAGUAUGUGACGAUGCUGGAUCCUUUUCAAGAACGGUACGGCGCGGGCAUCGGAGGCUUGCUCUUCCUUCCGGCGCUGUGUGGUGAUCUAUUUUGGUGCGGCGCCGUCCUAAGAGCCCUAGGAAGCUCGCUCGCCGUCGUCGCAGGCGUUGAUCCGAACAUCAGUGUUUGUGCGUCCGCACUCUUAGCGGCCAUAUACACAGUCUUCGGCGGAUUGUAUUCCGUGGCGUGCACCGACGCCCUGCAACUGCUGUGCAUUCUGCUGGGUUUAGUGAUAGCCGCCCCAUUCUCCAUGGUACAUCCUGCGGUAUCAUUUGAGCAUCAUCUGACCCCGAGGGAUUGGCUGGGACAUGUGAAGAGUGAGGAUAUGGGCGAAUGGGUGGACGGUAUGCUGUUGUUGGUGUUCGGUGGUAUACCUUGGCAGGGUUAUUUUCAACGAAUCCUAAGUAUUAAGAGUACUUCUGUUGCAACGACUCUAUCAAUUGCCUCGAUGUUCGGUUGCUUGAUACUCGCAGUACCAUCAGCUUUAAUUGGCGUAGUUGCUCGUGCCACCGAUUGGUCCUCGGUACCAGGCUAUAAUAGAACGUUCAGUACGGAGGACGGAAACGCCGCGAUGCCGAUGGUCCUGCGAUAUCUCACGCCUCAAUGGGUAUCUUUUGUUGGUCUCGGUGCGAUCUCGGCGGCAGUAAUGUCCUCGGCAGACUCCAGUAUACUAGCUAGUAGCUCUAUGUUUACCAGGAAUGUUUACAAACUCACGAUACGACCAAAAGCGUCCGAACGUGAGCUAAAUUGGGUUUUAAGAAUUGCCGUAAUUGCGGUUUCCAUACUGUCUACUCUCGUCGCUCUCACGGUCAGCAGUGUCUACUACCUUUCGUACUUGUGUUCCGAUCUCGUCUACGUCGUUCUGUUCCCGCAACUAUUAGCCGUUAUCCAUUGGCCUACUAUGGUGGAUACUUACGGCUGUUUGGCAGGAUAUUUUAUCGCUAUCGUCCUGCGUCUUGGUGGUGGUGAAAGAGGACUUGGUAUACUCCCGUUGAUUGAAUAUCCGUUCUACGAUAAGAAGACGCGCACCCAGAAGUUUCCCUUUCGCACUGCCGUCAUGAUGAUAGCCCUCUUCACUCAACUCUUCACUAGUUUUCUCACCAGAACUCUGCUUGGCAAAGGAUACUUUCCACAAUGUUGCGACGUACUGAACAUAUACUCUCCCAAGAAGUCCAAGGAGCCGGGCGUCAUGCAGAGCAGCUCCGGCGCCACUCUCAUGGAUUCAUCCUCGAAAUCAACAUCGGGUAUAGAUUCCUGCGAUGGCGUCGGCACAUGCGUUUACGACGACGAAAGAACCUGCGGUCACGAGAACGCGGUCGAUCGCGGCGAUGAUGACGCGAUGACCAACAGCGAUCUUGCCGAGCUGUCGAAGGCAAAGAGCAUCGGGACGUCGGUUGUGCAACGAGCGAACCAGAAUCUGCAAAAUCUGCGUAGCGCGAUGCCGACGCCGGCGCGACACGUUUCCAUGGCGAGCCCGGUGUACACGCCGAUACAGAACGACGCAUGCAGAGAACAGAUUCUUGCAGUGAGGAAUCUGCGGAGUCCUCUUGGUCCCCAGGGCGGAGUACUCUCGCCAACCCGGUCGAUCGGUAUCCCGGCAACUCCGAUCACUCCGUGUGCCCCUUCUUACGCCAAAGUGGGCUGCGAGCUCGGACCCAGCAACGAGAAACCGCGGAACGACAGGAUGAGCAUCGUCGAGAGAAGCAACAUGGAGUAUAUGAGCGUGAAGGGCGUGAAGCUCGUCGGUAUGGAGGGUGGCACGUUACGGAGACCGUCGCUGCAGAGCACAUUCUCACCGACACCGUCGGUGGAACUAGUCAACAUUCUGGACAGAAGACAGAGCAGCAGCUCGUACGGACCAGGUUCUCUAUCCCCCGUGCCGUCGAUGGGGGUAGAGGCAUGCAAAACCCAUGGGACCGCGGCUGAAGGACAGAGUGGGCCCGAGCAUUGCAAGAUAAAGAGGGGCAUCGUGCGACAUCACAGCUUCAAUGACACGGGCGACCGAGUGGCGUUGACAACGCUCGCCAGACAGCCGAAUUAUCCAUCGAUGCCACUAAGGCCGGAUGAUUGCCGUAUGACAUUAGCAAGGAAGGACAAGCGCCUGGCUACAAUCGGCAGGCACUCGUCGAUGACGAACGAAACGGAGCUCAGCAACACGAACAGCCUGAUUGUCAGUCCCACCUUCAGCAUGUACAGUUCUGCCGCGAAAAGUUCUAAUUAUUUCGUCACCGAUGACGAAGCCGUCAGCAGAUUCUAAAACGGGAUUCCGUAACUAAUAGGAUCUCCAGAAUCGAAAACGAUACUUACGGACUUUAUGAAGUCGAAAUUGGCACGUCCAGCUGGUGCAAAAUAUCGUUCCGUAGUUUUUCCAUUCAUCAACUUAUAUAUCUUUUUUUUAGAUAGGAGGUAGAGAACAAAAUUAAAAGCAUGAGGUUUUGUAUAAA